AUGGAUGUUCCCGUAGCUGAAGAUCUCAUACCAGAGGGUGCAACCUGUAGGAUCUGCAGAGGAGAACACAGCGCGGACCAACCUCUUUUCCAUCCUUGUAAAUGCCGUGGCUCGAUCAAAUACAUUCAUGAGAGCUGUUUGAUGGAGUGGGUGGCGUCCAAGAACGUGGAUCUUUCCCGUCCGGGAUCCGAAAUCAAGUGUGACAUCUGUCACUUUCCGAUCCAGCUCACCACUGUAUACGACGAAGAUACACCAGAUAAAGUGCCUCUGGCGCUUAUUAUCCGCACUACUUUGGGCGUAAUGCUGCGGAAGUUGCAGUACGUACUGUGCAUCGCAUUGGCUGCGUCGAUGCUGGUUGUUGGCAUUCCUUUGACCUGGAACAUUUUGGGCAAGCUCAUAGCGACGAUUCUGUAUGGUGGCAAGCUGCCGAUCCCCGGGUCUUUCUGGAAAAGCAUAGUCUUUGGUUUUGACUCAGAUCGGUCAGAGACAGCCUCGAAAUUCGAUAUCGCGAUCCAAAUUCUCAAGAAUUACCGCUUUUCGGUAACACAGAUCGUGUUCGUCGCGGUAAUACACAUUGCAUUAUACUUCCAGUAUGAUAUGGUAGUACGAGAAGCCAUCUUCAACAAGAUGGUUUAUCAUAAAAUAGGACCUCGUUUCAGCAAGGAAGAGCUCAUGACUGAAAAGCUCAAACAACAGUUUCCAGGAAUGGACGAAAACACCAUCCACCACAUUGUGCAGCUGAUGAAAACUCGAGAAAGAGCUGUUGCAACGCAACCAGAGGCAAAUCCUAUACCGGAUCCUGAUGUUAAUAGCGAGAGGGACGAUGACAAUAGAGACGUUCCAGGCAACGACGGCCAUAAUGCAACUGGCAACGGUGAUGGGAGCGAUCGUAACAGCAACGAGAACAGUAUCAAUAUUGACCUGACAGCAGGCUCCAUCAACCAGCAUACAGCAAACAGCACAUUUGUGGCGGGUGGGAAUAAUGAGGAGGACGACGAGGAGGACGCAGAUUACAAUCCUAGCGACACCUUAUCCUCCCAAAGCUCUGAAUCAUCAAAUAAUGCAAGUGAUCAAGAGAUUGAUGACGACGAGCGUGAGCAGCUCGUGGAACAGGCUGAGCCGAUAAACCUGUUCAGACAGCGCCGUGCGGUCAAUGAACUAGAUGACAUGUUGCAAGCUCAACAACAGGGCGAUGCUCCACAAGGACAGGCUAACGAUUUCAUUUUUAUGGACUUGCCAAACGACGGGGCUGCUGCGGAUGGUGUUGCUGAUGGUGCAGGAAUCGAUGAAGCUCUGAACCAGCAAGAUGGACCCGCCGUGCUGGGUCUGCACCUAAGAUUCAGUAACUUGCCAUUCUACUAUAUGGCAGCCAGCAUAUUUUUGGCACUUUAUCUCUUUUUGGCCUACGCAGUUCCAACUAUCGUGGGAAAUCUCCUUCUGACUGCGUACGCUGUAUCGGGCUUAUACAUCUAUCGUGCUAUUGCACUGGUAGCCAAAACGGCCAAGCUACCUCUUUUAUUAUCCAUGUUGGGCAGAAAGUAUUCAUCUCAUGCAGAAAUUGUUCUAUCUUCAGCGUAUUGGAUCCAGUCAAAUUCUGCUCAACUAUAUUAUAACUACCUCGACUAUGAAAACCGGGCUUCGACCGUCGCACAAUCCAUACCGGCUCUUACAACCUAUUGCACAUUUUUGGGUUUGAUUUCAAUUAGUACCAACCUUUUAAGCCGAGGCUAUGGAAUCAACAACGGCAUGAAAAAUCCGACAAGACGUUUCAUUUUCCAGCUAUUCUUCGCAAUCAGAUGUUCCCUCAAGGUCUUUUUGUUGUUUUCCAUUGAGCUUGUUGGAUUUCCUGUUCUUGCGGGCUCUAUGAUUGACUAUUCUCUUAUCAGUCCUUGCUUGAGGCCUCAUAGUAACCUAUUUUACAUAGGUGGUCUUGAUCUCUGGGCGCCUACGAUAUGGGUGUUAUACUGGAGCAUAGGGACAUAUUACAUGUUCUGGUUUGCCAAGUACGUGGGAAUGAUAAGAAAUUAUAUUAUCAGACCAGGUGUUUUGUUCUUUAUUAGAUCUUCUGAUGAUCCAAACAUAAGAAUUCUUCAUGACAGCCUGAUACAUCCUAUGAGAAUUCAAUUUUCAAGAAUGGUCUUAUCAAUGGGUAUUUAUGCGGUCUUCAUCAUAGUUGGAUUCGGGUUUCAUACCAGAGUUUUAUUUCCUUACAUCUUGAACUCCAAAAUCUUACCAUUUGCUGAUGAAGAAAAUUUUGUUCUGUGCCUGAAUGUGCUUAUGGUACUGAACUCAAACUUUUUGAUGGAUUUCAGCAAGACAUUCAAAUUGUACGUGAGACAAUAUUGGACGAGGGUUUUCGAUAUUUGUUGCGGAAAGCUGCGUUUAUCUUCCUUCAUUUUGGACAAGGAUAUUUCGACAGAAAGAGGCUAUGUGGUAUAUCGAAAUGCUUUCUACCGACUCUUUUUAUCCAGGAAGGCGAAGUGGUCGAAUGUCAAUUUAUAUCUGGACCCAAAAACGCCGUCCUUAGCAAAAGAGCUCUUCAAGACGCAAAAGGAUGUGCACGCCUUCUUCAUACCAGAUGGGGUGCUGAUGCGUGUGCCUGCCAAUGAUAUCAUAUCUCGCAAUUAUGUUCAAACGCUAUUCGUUCCCGUCACGAAAGACAAUAAGCUUUUAAAACCGCUGGAUAUCGAAUAUAUCAAAGAAAGAAACAGAGAAAACGUUGGUGAGUUUGGCCAUUUAGAUGAUCAAAGUACGGAGUUUGAUGCCUACACUACAGUUUACACUCCUCCGAAUUUUCGCGCCCGGUACUCUACUUUGAUCGCUCUCAUCUGGUUAUUUGCUUCGCUGCUGUGUAUUUCACUAGCUCUGAUUUUCAAUCUCGUUGGGCGAGUCACUCUACUCGUUACUAUGGGGCCUUUCAUGAAAGUGCCCUCUGUCAAAGAAUUUUUCAUCAGGUACAGAGAUUUGACUGCUUUCGGGCUAUUCCCGAUGAUUAUUGGAUGCUUCGUCUGCUUGAUUGGACUAGAGUUUUAUCAAGAAAUACUUGUUACCCAAUUUGUCCAGCAAGAACAUGUUGUAAGACCUCAUGAGGACGACAAUGCGCCUCGUCCAGACGUUGAGAUCGCAGAAAAUGAACGGUUGCGUGAGGCAGCGGCCGCUAACGCUAAUGCUGGACCUCAGGCACCAUUUCUAGAAAGAGUGAUCUGGCAGCGGAGGGAUGUCAUGUCGUAUUUGAUUGGCGUGGUCGGUGCGAUAAAGUACCUUCUCGUCUUGGACUUCAAUUACUCCACAACCUUUAUGGUUGUAAAAUUGCUUAUGUCUGGUGGCCGUCCGGUUGAAAUCAAGCACCGCUUUUUGUUGGCAGCAACGAUGACCGAGCCAAUUCCUGAUUUUGAACAGUUCAAAUCCCCUGAAAUGGCAAUUUACAUCGUACUGUUUUUGCUGAGCUUCUUGACAGACGAAAUAGCAUUCUUUUCGUAUUUGGUUCAUGAGAGGCAGGACGAUACCAAUAGGCAACUGAAGGGCAAGCUGAAAAGUUUGAUCGCAGAGUGUCUGCUCACCGCGGGUCUGGUCUUUCCUAUUCAAUUAUUGAUGUGCAUGCUAGAAUACCUCUGCGCCAAAUCUUCGUUUGAAUCCCCUCUAAUGGUCUUCAACUUCUUGAUGAACUCGAGAGGCCUGGUCGCUCACUCAGAGGUACCGUGGACCAUGUUUCAAGUACUUUUUUACGCGGUUUCUCCAUUACUAUGUGGUGGAUACUACCUGGCUGGCAUGAUUCGAGGUAUUUGCGCCUUCCUACAAAAGUCAGCCGCAAUUACGAAAGAAGAGGUUUAUGGUAGGGGACGAACAUUGACUAAUCUUUCAGAUGAAACGGAGCUGUAG